CUUUCCAUGAGCUAUAGCUAUGGAAGUUGUAAGCCCAAAAUGUAGUUCAGUGGCCUCAAGUCCUUUCUCUUCUCCAAAUGUUAGUGCCCUGCUCAAGAUUAAGAUCAUUUCAUGGAGCCAGGAGACUGGUCUGCCAGUGUCGGUCUGCAUUCGGGUUGGAAACAGGGCCUUCAAUCUGCAUAAGUGCCCAUUGUUUUCGAAGAGUGGAUACUUCAAGAAGAGACUGAAAGAAUCAAGUGAGCUUGAGCUGCCACAAGACUUCCCUGGAGGGCCUGAAACCUUUGAGAUGAUUGCUCUGUUCAUGUAUGGUUCAUCCACAUUGAUUGAUCCGUUUAAUGUUGUAGCCCUGAGAUGUGCAGCAGAGUUCCUAGAAAUGACAGAAGAUCACUGCAUUGGGAACUUGUGUGAGCGAUUUGAUCUCUAUUUAAACCAAGUGGUCUUGCAAAGUUGGGAUGACACCUUGAUUGUUCUCCAAAAGUGCCAGAAACUGCUUCCCUGGUCUGAGGAGCUGCUGAUUGUUAGCCGCUGCAUUGAGUCUCUUGCUUUCAUGGCCUGCAUGGAAAUUCUUGAUCCAGAGAGGAGACGGGACCAGCCAGUAGUUACAGUGGAGGCUUUGGCUAAUCAAACUUGGAGCACUGAAACAGUGAAGGAGAUUGCCAUCCAGGAUCUGUGGAUAAAAGAUCUCAUCGCCCUGCCAUUCCAAUUCUUCAAAAGGAUAAUUGGGUCCUUGAGAAGGCAAGGAAUGAAAGAAAAAUAUGUGAGCCCCAUAAUCGUUUUCUAUGCAAGCAAAUGGGUGCUCUCCAAGAAGACACGCCAGUUCUGGGAGAACUCUGGAGGGAAGAACAAGGACAAUGACAUUAAUAACAAAGUUUCCAUCAUCCUACAAGGGGUUCUUGAUCUGCUGCCCAUGGGAGAAAAGGCUAGCAGGGUGAUUCCUGUUGGAUUUUAUUUUGCAUUGCUUUCUAGAUCUCUUGAGGUUGGUUUAAGAAGCGACAAUAAGGUAAAGCUACAAGAUCAGAUUGUACCUCUCUUACACUUGGCACAAGUGGAAGAUCUUCUCCUUCCAAGAUGUGGAACAGACUCCAUUUCUUCCAGCAUAGAGCUGGCUACAAUGGAGAGGAUAUUUUCAAAUUAUGUAUCGGCUAACAUGGAUGCAAAGCAUACUCCAGUAAACAACUGCAUUGUUGCAGAACUAUGGGAUGUAUAUCUUUCUCAAGUAGCUCCUGAUCCAAACAUGGGGCCUAAAAGGUUCAUGCAUCUCAUUGAAAUUGUACUAGUAUCUAGCAGACAGACCCAUGAUCACCUCUACAGAGCAAUGAACGCCUUCUUACAUGCACACCCAAAUAUAUCCCAAGAAGAGAAAGGAAUGGUGUGCAAGUACCUCGACUGCCAGAAACUAUCACAAGAGGUAUGCAUUGAAGCAGUGCAAAAUGAGUUGAUGCCGCUGCGCUUGAUUGUCCAGGCACUUUUCCUUCAGCAAAUGAACACGCACCAAGCCUUCAAAGAAUGCUCUGACUCAUUUAGGUAUGCACAUUGUGGAGAAUUCUCUGGGAGCCUCUCAAGCUCGAGGUAUCCAAAUUCCAAAAGCCAGAAUCUGGGAGAGAGCCCAUAUAUGGAUGGGGAAUCAGGCAGUAGACCCUUGAGCUUCUUGCUACAGAAGGAUCCUGUAAUGCAGAAAUCUGAGUUGUCAAAGAAGGAUUAUGAAUCCACAAGCUUCAGGAUUCAGAACCUUGAACAAGAACUCAUGUCAUUGAAGAGAAACCUUCAGUGGCAGAGCAUGUCAAAGAAAACAGAACAAAUUUCAAACAAAUCACAGAGCUUGAAAUCAUAUGGUUUGGAUGGAAGAACACUGAGUAAGAAGAGGAACACACUUGGGCAAGCGACUGGUUGCAUUGGUGCUGUGAAUUUUGCUUCCCAGAGAAAGUAUGCCAGUAGGCUCCUGAAGGUCUUUAGGAGGAUAACCCUGUUUGGAAGAGGAAAAUCAAAGAGAAAGCCAGGUGCCCCUGGCCUAUGGCCCAAGUCAAUGUAGCAGAAUAGCCAAGGACUGAAUAAAUAUUCCUACCUCAAAUUUAUUCAUGUGAACAAAACACAGAUAGGCAACUUAUGCCUCGACCUGUGAAGACUUUAUUUCAGUAA